AUGUCCAACAGCAAAGAAGAAUAUCAAGGGCUCCUUUUUGAUGAUGGGUCUCUAGAGAAUGACAAUUCUAUCAUCGAGUCUUCCGCAGAUGCAGACGCGUCUGCGAAGGACGUCUCGGGGCUUUCCUCACUUGCAAAAUGGAUCGUUUCAGCCUUGCUUGUCAUAUGUUUUACCGACGUCGUUGGUUUCCUCUACCUUGUUCGUUCCUUCGCGACGGUCUACCAAGAUCCACACUAUGCGACGAACCUCGAGUACGCAGACUCGUACAUCGGUCUGAAGGAGCUCUACGCCAGCGGCAGAAUCAACUCGUCUGCGAUCGAUCCCAUUUUCGUGCGCCCGCGAGUAUCAGCGCAGGUGUACGAAGACGAUCCCGACAACCUCACGCCACUCGGGGAGCGCGACUACUGGCGGGACGGGUUUGGGAGAGCGUCGCCACAUGAGCGGAGGCUGUAUGUAACGCCUACGACACGCACGGUCGUGCAGUUCAGAGCCAUCGACUUCGGCAUGGAAGAAUGCGAACUCGUCUUCACUCUUCCGACGCCCGGGGAACCCUUGGAGCGCGGCGCGUUCUUCAGCAUCGACCCUACUUCUCGGUUCGACGUCUUCCGCCUCGAUGCAGACCGUCCCAUCGACGUCCAGAAGCUGUCGUUUCGCUCGCGCCCCAAGAUCUCCGAGCGCGUGGCGCGGAAUAUCGCACUCAGGGUGGGUGAAGACACACAGGUGCAUCGUUUCGGCUGCCCGGCCACCUCCCUUCACGUCUUCGAAGUGGCGUGCGCGGCGGGAACGGAGUGCAUGUUGGACACUUGGUCGUCUCAGAACACGACGUUCGGCGCAAACAUGUACCAAUACCAGACCGUCUGA